GCCUCUCUUACGGUUACUGUUUGUACGCAACAGAGAGAGGUUUGCAAGAGAAGUGCGCGAACGACGUGUGGACACCACUGGUCGUAUGCGUGAAUCACGCGCGUGUGCAAUACGGUGUAUGGUGUAAAAGCGUCAAUUGUCGUAUGCGUGACCGGCUGCAUGGACGAACUUGAAGUCGAAAGGGAAGAAGGUGUGCGAGAGUAGACAAAGCGGCGGCGGCGGCGAGCGCGGGUAAAACGGGUCGGCAUUGGUAGUCACGAUUAGCCGAAAACGCGCAGUCGCGCGUUGAUCCUGUCGGGUGGGAGGCGAUCAGCUGUGAACACGCGAGGAGCGAGAUGUUCGUCCUGCAGAGGUCUAUAUUAUCGGCUAGCAGUAGAAAUUGUGCAGGAUCAUGGACGCGGGUAUUUCCAUCUUCACAUCCUGCCGCGAACGAUGUUCAGCAGAGAGACAUCCACGAGGUGUCUGGAGAUAUCGUACCUAUAAAUAUGGUAAAAGGUAUUGGCCAUUUGAGGGAUCCUCGACUUAACAAGGGCUUGGCAUUCACUUUGAAAGAGAGGAUAUCUUUGGGUAUACACGGUCUGCAGCCUCCAAGAUUCAAAACUCAGGAAGAACAGCUGGCUCUGUGCAAGGCUUCAGUCAUGAAAUACACCGAGGACUUAAAUCGGUAUCUUUACCUCGUGGAACUGCAGGAGAGAAACGAGAGAUUGUUCUUCCGUUUGUUAAGCGAGAACAUCGAGCAAAUGAUGCCAAUUGUUUAUACUCCUACCGUCGGAUUAGCCUGUCAAAAGUUUGGCGUUAUUUAUCGCAGACCUCGUGGAUUAUUUAUCACGAUAUACGAUAAAGGUCAUAUCUACGAAAUCUUGAACAACUGGCCCGAGCAAGCUGUACGUGCGAUUUGCGUAACAGACGGAGAGAGGAUUCUGGGUCUCGGCGAUCUAGGAGCUUGCGGAAUGGGAAUUCCCGUAGGAAAAUUAGCUCUAUAUACUGCUUUAGCUGGCAUAAAGCCGCAUCAGUGUUUACCAAUUACAAUAGACGUUGGCACGAAUAACGAACAGCUGAGAGAUGAUCCUCAUUAUAUCGGUCUUAAUAAAGCUAGGAGUCAAGGUGCAGAGUAUGACGAAUUAAUUGACGAAUUUAUGGCAGCUUGUGUAAGAAAAUAUGGUCAAAAUGUUCUCAUUCAGUUUGAAGACUUUGGGAACCAUAAUGCCUUCCGGUUUUUGGACAAAUAUCGUGACAAGUAUUGCACGUUUAACGACGAUAUACAAGGUACAGCUGCUGUUGCGGUUGCUGGAAUUUUAGCUUCUAAAAGAAUAACUAAGAAAAAAAUGUCUAGCAACAAGUUUGUAUUCCUUGGUGCUGGUGAGGCAGCUAUUGGAAUAGCUGAUCUCUGCGUUAAAGCAAUGGAAGCAGACGGUUGCACGGAACAGGAAGCUCGUGAUAACAUUUGGAUGAUGGAUAUCGAUGGAUUGUUGGUUAAAAAUCGACCAGAAGGUAACCUGGAAGGUCACAAAAUCUGGUAUGCGAAGAAUUAUAAAGUGAUGAAAUCGCUGCUGGAGAUUGUAAAGGAAGUGAAACCAACUGUUCUAAUUGGCGCAUCAGCGGCAGCAGGAGCAUUUACUCCUGAAGUCUUGAAAGAGAUGGCCAAGAACAAUGAAAGACCGUUGAUUUUUGCAUUGAGUAAUCCAACUAGCAAAGCAGAAUGCACAGCUCAGCAAGCUUAUGAUUAUACAGAUGGAAAAUGCAUUUUCUCAUCGGGAUCUCCGUUUGGCGAAGUGAAUUACCAAGGUAAAAUCUACAAGCCUGGACAAGGAAAUAACGCGUACAUAUUCCCUGGAAUAGCAUUGGGUGUGAUCGCUACUGGAUGCCAUCACAUUACCGAAGAUUUGUUCCUUAUUUCCGCUCAAGCUGUCGCUGAUCACGUGAAAGACGAAGAUCUGGAUAUGGGUAGUCUUUAUCCACCAUUGAGUACUAUUCGUGAAUGUUCCAUUGAAAUUGCCUGUCGAAUUGCUAAUUACGCUUACGCGAAAACUGGAUUGGCAAGUGAGUAUCCAGAACCAAAGGACAAGCGGCAAUUUAUUGUGAGUAAAAUGUACGAUGCCAAUUAUGACAGUCCGUUACCAAACGUUUAUGACUGGCCAGGAGAUUAUGCGAAACCGCGUAUUCUGCCGGAGAAAGACACUGUAGAAAUCCGCCACGAUUUAAAACAUUUGUAGCCGAUUUCACCGAGCGGGAUAUUCAGAGGCUAUCAUUAUUACAGUUAUCGAUAAUAAAAAAAAACUAUCGCUAUGUCCUACAUUGAAACUAUAAGACAGGUCGUGACACAAAUACGG